UUCCUCGAGUACGUGAUCGGUCUCAGGCCUUACGUCGAGAAAGGCCUGCUGGUGUGGGACGUGAGGCAGUUGGAGGCACACGGGGUGACCCAGUACCCGUUCGGGCGCGACGGGUGGCUCGACCUGUCGUGCGAGGCACGCACCAGCGCGGCGUCGCGCCCGCAGGUCACCGUCAAGAGUUCGGUUCCGCUCAAGCUCGAGCUCCGGUGGAACCAUGCCGGCGAUGACAGCGUCCAGGUCGCACUCAUCGACAUCCAGCCCUACGCCAACUGA